AUGGCAUUGUGUGGCAGCGGGCAGACCUUGCAACAAGCGGUGGUGAAUGGCUGUAAGCAACAGGCGUCAAGCGGCAAAGUGAAUUGCAGACGAUCAAAGCUCGAAUAUUGUUGCUACAAAAAUACAAGAAACAAUAAUGCGAACAAUGGCCAUAACAGCGCGCUCGUGUUGGCGGCCGAACCGGUAAUGGGCUACAGCGAUUGUGGCAUAAAGGGCAACUGUAAUCAACACGUCACGUGGGGGCCACCUGGACCACCAGGCCCACCGGGCAAACGGGGGAAACGUGGCAAGAAGGGCGACCCGGGCGAAAAGGGUGAUCCGGGCGUCAAUGGUGUGAACGGCGAGAAGGGCGCUGCCGGCAGACCGGGCGACAAAGGUCAAAAGGGUGAUGUYGGCCAUCCGGGCAUUGAUGUCUUCCAAACGGUGAAGGGUUUGCAAGAAGCCGGUGUGAAUGURUCAGCCGCCACUGUCAUACAAUUGAAGGGUGAACCUGGCGAGCCUGGUCCGCCUGGACCGCCAGGACCACCUGGUGAGCCCGGCUCACCCGGCAUGAAUGGCGGACGUGGUCCACCUGGCGAAACCGGCCCAGCGGGACCUGCUGGACCACCUGGAGAACCCGGACCGAUUGGCCCACCUGGAGCGCCGGGCACACUGGGACCUAAGGGUGACAAAGGUGACCGCGGUGAUCGGGGUCUUACGACGACCAUUAAGGGUGACGAAUUUCCCACCGGCAUCAUUGAGGGGCCACCAGGUCCAGCAGGACCACCUGGUCCACCUGGAGUACCUGGCGACCGCGGCGAAGUGGGCCCCGCUGGACCACCCGGCCCGCCUGGCGAGAAGGGACCGCGCGGCAAACGCGGCAAGCGGAUUUUCGGACCCGGCGGCGCUAAAGAUGAGGACUAYGACGACCCACCAGUGCAACUGUUGCGUGGGCCACCCGGUCCGCCGGGCAUGCCUGGCAAAGACGGACGCGAUGGACGUGAUGGCUCUAAGGGUGAUGCGGGCGARCCCGGCGAGCCUGGUUCGCUGGGACCACGUGGUCUGGACGGUCUGCCUGGUGAGCCGGGCAUUGAGGGACCGCCUGGCUUGCCUGGCUAUCAGGGCCCGCCCGGUGAGAAGGGUGAUCGUGGCGAUAUUGGACCGCCCGGUCUGAUGGGUCCACCAGGACUGCCCGGUCCACCCGGCUAUCCGGGUGUGAAGGGCGAUAAGGGCGAUCGCGGUGAUUCAAAGUAUAGAAAAAUGCGCCGGCGACAAGAUGAGGGAAUGUCCGAUCAGCCACAUAUGCCAACCAUUGAAUAUCUUUAUGGUCCACCUGGACCGCCCGGUCCUAUGGGUCCACCCGGCCAGCCAGGUAAGCAUGGAGAACGUGGCAUGGAUGGGCGCAAGGGAGAUUCGGGUGAGAAAGGACAAAAAGGCGACCAAGGACCAAUGGGCUUACCGGGUCCACCAGGCUUAGAUGGCAUGAAGGGCGCUCAAGGUGAAACUGGACACAAAGGUGAACGCGGCGAUCCUGGUCUACCGGGCACCGAUGGCAUACCCGGUCAGGAGGGACCACGUGGCGAGAAGGGCUCACGCGGCGAUGCUGGACCGCCGGGCAAACGUGGACGCAAAGGUGAUCGCGGCGACAAGGGCGAGCAGGGUGUACCGGGACUAGACGCGCCCUGCCCGCUGGGCUCUGAUGGCUUACCGCUGCCGGGUUGUGGUUGGCGACCACCCAAGGAGCCGGUUAUCUCCACACCUGUGCACAAAGAUUACCUGCCCGAUGUGACGGCCCCUGAGAGCAACACCAGCGACUACGAGGCGGAGGAGGAGGAAGAUGAGCAGAAUGAGGCUGAAGAGGAAUACGAUGAAUAUGCAGAGCAUCUACACAAUAAUGAUUAAAACCAGAACUAGAAGCAAUGUUCCAACAGAUGACAAAAAAUAACGAAAAACAAACACUUUGAAAACUGGCAGCAGUGGUUGAAGGAAGAAUUAAAUGCGAUUCAGAGACCUGCACGAAAUUAGAAUGCACAAACCCGUUAUUUACAGCUGAUCAUGUAAAUGUCAACAAAAGUGCAGCUUUAAGCGAUGUCGAACCGAAUCUCUAAAUUACUACCGAGCAACUACACUCAUACAUAUAUAAUAUAUAAAUGUUAGUUUCUUAUUUAUACCGACGGCAGUUAAAAAUAUUUUAAAUUUAAUUUAAGCAAGCAUAUUAUUAUAUUAACAGUGCAUUAUGUUUAGAAAAAAAAGUGCCGUAACGAAUUAACACAAUUAGAAAUAGUUGUAUUAAAUAAUUAUUGUAUGAGCCAAAUCACUCCGAAAACGGGUGCUAUUUAUUCAUGUAUAUUAUUUAAUAUAUACAUAUAUACACAAAUUUAUUUAACACAAUUACCACCAAUAACAAACGAUAAAAAAGAAUUUACGAAUUCAGCGAAUAUUUAAGAAAUUACGAAGAAUUUAAUGCAUAAACAAUAAUUAUAAUUUUGUGUAUCGAAAUGAGAAUGGAUUAUAAUUCUUAACGCUAAAGCAGCUACUUAUAUACACUUACAAUAGAUUCAUAUUUAUAUACGUAAAUGUACUGUAUUAAAGGCGAUUUGCAUUUGUUUAAGGAAACAAUCUUGUAUUUACUUGUAUUGUUUAUUCGUAGUUUUAAAUUGUUUUCACAAAAAUUUUUUUAA